AUGCAAACAACAUCAACGAAUAUAUCAUCCGGUCCAGCUUUACCAAAAGCAAGAUUUAAUUGGAUAUUUUCAGCCGAUAAAUUUACUUCAACACCAUCUAAUCGAAAUGGAAUAUCACCUGAAGAAGAAUUAGCUUUAAGACAACAAGCAGCUGUUUUUAUAUAUGAAUUAGGUACCAAUCUUAAAGUACCACAUUAUUGUAUUAAUACAGCUGUUGUUUAUAUGCAUCGUUUUUAUAUGAUUAAUUCAUUUCAACGAUUUACACGUCAAAGAAUAUGUGCGGCUUCAUUGUUUCUUGCAUGUAAAGUCGAAGAAUUUCCUCGUACAUUACGGGAUGUUAUUGAGAAUACAGGAAAAGUAUUACGAAAAAAGAAAACUGAAGAACUUACAAAAGAAAUGAUUGAACAAUAUGCUGAUGAUAUUGUUUUACAUGAAAAUAUUCUCCUUUCAACAUUGGGAUUUUCAUUAAUGGUUGAUCAUCCACAUUCAAUUAUUAUUAAAACAAUUCAAGCACUUGGAAGUCAAAUACAGUCGUUACCAGAAAAAACACCUCGUGAACUUGCUCAGACGGCUUAUUAUUUAGCAACAAAAAGUAUUUUACUCACAUCAUUUUGUGUCAAAUAUCCACCUGAUCUUAUUGCAUGUUUUUGUAUACAUUUGGCUGCUGCUUGGCUUAAAAUUGAAAUUCCUUCACCAGCACCAAUAACAACACCUCGAAAUGGAUCUGAUAGUACAACAACAGAAAAUACAUCAAAUAAACGUUGGUUUCAUCUUGUUAAUGAAUCAUUUACUGAAAAACAACUUGGAGAUCUUGCUGAUGAAUUUCUUGCUAUAUAUGAAAAAUGUCCAGAUAAAAUCAAACGAAAACUUCCACAAUCAACAUCAAAUGAUGGUACAUCAUCAUCAUCAUCAUCAUCUCAGCAUCAUCCAUCAGCAAGUAAUGUUCUACCACGUGUAACAGAUAUAAGUGACAGUGUUGUACCACAAGGUGCUACUCGUGAUAGAAUUGAACAUCGACAAAAUCAAACAUCAUUACAAACAAAUCGACCUAUUCAACCACCAUCACAGCCACAACUUCCUCCUUCUCAAUCUCAAUCAUCAUCUAUGCCUAUAAAACGAGAACCAUCAGCAGCUCCAUCAUUUUCAUCAUCAAAUCGUCCACCAAUGCCACCACAUAAUCCAUCGUCAUCAUCAUCAUCAUCUCGGCCACCAUCAUUUCAACAUCCAACAUCUUCUCAUUAUCAAACUCAGCAUCAAACAAAUAAUAUUUAUAAUCAACAUUCUCGUUAUCCACCACAACAAGCACGUCCUGGAUCACUACCACCACCACCACAACAACAACAACAACAACCACAUCCAAAUCGUUCGUCACAACCACCACCACUUCCACCUACUCAACAUAAUGUUGAUCGUAAACCUCCACCACCUUCUCAUCCAUAUGAUCAUCCUCCUCCACCAUUACCACCACCAACAGCAUCAUCAUCUUCAUCAAAUCGACCACCCUAUGGUUCACAACAACGUAGUAGUCAUUAUAAUAAUGUUCCACCACCAUCAAAUCCUUAUCCUCAACAACCACCAUAUGGUCAUAAUCAUCCACCAUCAUUAAUGCAUCUUGGUGGUGGUGAAAAACGUCCUUAUGAUCCAGCUUAUGAUCCUAAUAAUGCUAAUAAACGGCCUCGACCAUCGACUUCAUCCUCAUCAUCAUCAUCAUCAUCUCAACAAUGGAAUAAUAAAUAA